GAUCCUCGACAAAAACCUGAUGAAAGAGUGCAAAACUUUCAAGGUAGAGGCAAUUUUCCACUUAGUAGCUGGAGACCGUACACAUGUUACUAACUUCAAAUUUGGUGAUGAGUCAAUUUGUUCCACUGAUGCUGAGUUAAGAAUCGACUUUGAGUGUACAUUUGAAGAUGGUGACUGUGGCACUCGGAAUGACGCCUGUGGUUUAGUUGCUUGGCGAAUUCGAGACAGGAGUGCUUCAAGCAGUGCACGUCGAAGAUCAGCAGACUGUACUAAACAGCCUGGAAUCUCUCUGCUAAAAAAGACGAUCAAGACUACUUGUUCAUAUGACCAUCUUCAAAAUAUUGUGGACUUGCAACAAUCAGGAUUUCUUGUCUCUCAGUCAUCAGAUGCAGAUGCCAUUGACUCUUCACGAGCGAAACGGUCACUAGGAUAUGAACUGUAUCUUCCUGCACCAGAGAAUUCUGAUGUUGGCAGCGGUAUCCUUGACCUACCAGAAGUCCAAUAUGAUGCCGCUAAUGCAAUUUUGCAGUUUCACCAUGAAAUGGAAGCAGGGGGAUUCCAUAAUCUUAUGGUGACUGCUAUAUGCACCUCAGAUCCAACCAACCCACUCAUCCCACUUGAUAGCUUAGAUGUUCACUAUCAUAAGACAAAUUUGGAUGGCAGUGGUAGUUAUGGGAAGAUAUGCUUGGACAUUCAUAGUUAUGUUGAUCCGACAAUGUGCUCCACAUUUGUAAUCCAAAUGCAAGCUUGUGUUGUUGUCACAGACCUCAUAGUUGACUCUAUUGCCUUCUUUGACAGCAUUGCUGCGUCUGAUUGCAGUGAAGUAGACAAUAUAUAGCCAGAGCAAGCGUAAGUAGCUCAUGCAGUAUUGGUGGUGCUACUGUAGUUCUAUGAAUUAUUCCCUAGUAUGCUACUUUGUGGUUUAGAAUUUGCUUGCUCUUUUGUUGUUCACGCACUAGGACUGUAUUAUUUGCAGAACUUAACACGAAUGCAGUAUGCAAGAAUAAAGAAACAGAGAAUCAUGCAAUAUGUGGUUAACAGUGUGAAAUAGUGGGUUUAGCAAUAAAUUCUA